GAAGAGGAUAAAAGUCUCAAAGGAAAUUUAAAAACAAAUUUAACUACAUAAGAAGUGUUUGGUUUCUCAGCACGCACAUUCUUUUCGUCUGGCGCACACGUUUGGCACAAAUAUGCGCAAACCUGUUGGUAGUUUGGAGUAAAAGAGCUUCGUUUAAAUCUGGAUUUACUCUUUUUUUUUCUGGGGAGUUUUUUCUUCUUAUUAUUCUUCUUCAAGCCUCCAAAUCUCAACUCAGUGAGUCUUCCUCAUCCGACCAACACUGGCUGUUUCACAGCGUCGCACUGUGAAUGACCCGCCGCUGAUGCCCCAAAGGUCUGAAUGGAGUUCCAGUCGCAGAAAAGCCAACAGUGGUAGCUCCUUCAGCAGGAUGCUGAUGAGGCCAAGUAUACUUCUGUUUCUGGCUUUAUUCGCCCAGGUUUUAAGGACGCAGUGCCGGCCUGCCAGCGCUGAUGAAGUCUCUGUGGAAACGCAAGCGGAGCCGUUCACGCUCUAUCUCGGGGAUCGUCUGGACCUGAGCUGCUCCGCCAGGGACUCCCCCCACGCUGUCAACUGGACCAAAGACCAUGUGGCGGUAGUGGACGGAGAACACACGCGCAUCCGCAACGGGCAGCUGGAGAUCGAGAGCGUAGAGCUGACGGACUCCGGCCUGUACGCGUGCACCACCUUCGGCAACCACAGCGACUAUUUCAACGUCACAGUUGACACCCUGGCCUCAUCUGAGGAUGACGAUGAAGAUGAAGAGUCUUCGUCAGAGGAAGCCAAGCUGUUGGGCAGUCAGAAACUGCUGCCGGACGCCCCACAGUGGGCGUAUCCAGAAAAGAUGGAGAAAAAGCUCCACGCUGUCCCAGCCAGUAAGACGGUGAAGUUUCGAUGCCAGGCCAGCGGCAACCCAACUCCCACGCUGAAGUGGUACAAGAACGGCAAGGAGUUCAAGAGAGACCAUCGCAUUGGAGGCUUCAAGGUCCGGGACCACAUGUGGACCAUCAUCAUGGAAUCUGUAGUACCCUCGGACAAGGGAAACUACACCUGUGUGGUGGAAAACCAGCACGGCAGCAUCAACCACACCUACCAGCUAGAUGUAGUCGAGCGCUCUCCCCACAGGCCGAUCCUGCAGGCCGGCCUGCCCGCCAAUCGCACCGCGGUGGUGGGCAGCGACGUGGAGUUUGAGUGCAAGGUGUUCAGCGACCCUCAGCCUCACAUCCAGUGGCUGAAGCACAUCGAGGUCAACGGGAGCCGAGUCGGUCCUGACGGUUUACCGUAUGUCCGUGUCCUCAAGCAUUCUGGGGUCAAUAGCUCGGACGCUCAGGUGCUGACGCUCUACAAUGUGACUGAGGAGGAGAGCGGAGAGUAUACAUGUAAAGUGUCCAAUUAUAUAGGAGAGGCCAAUCAGUCGGCCUGGCUGACUGUCACCAGAUAUGAGCCCACAGGUAACCACCACGCAGCAGCACAGGAGCGGAGUCGUACAGAAGUGUGCCCUGUUCUGCUGCGGAGUUUUCCAUGUUGCCCAUCUCUUGCAUGUAGAGAUGGGACUGAGGUAUUUGAUGUGGUGAUGGGGGAAGCUGACGCCACAGAGAAAGACCUGUCAGACCUGAUUUCGGAGAUGGAGAUGAUGAAGAUCAUCGGGAAGCACAAGAACAUCAUUAAUCUGCUGGGAGCCUGUACACAGGAUGGUCCUCUCUACGUGAUAGUAGAGUAUGCAUCCAAGGGCAACUUGCGAGAGUACUUGCGAGCUCGGCGCCCACCGGGCAUGGAGUACUGCUACAACCCAGACCAAGUCCCUGUGGAGAACAUGUCCAUCAAAGACCUGGUGUCCUGUGCUUACCAAGUGGCACGAGGGAUGGAGUAUUUGGCCUCCAAAAAGUGCAUCCACAGAGAUCUCGCCGCUCGCAACGUUUUGGUAACGGACGACAACGUGAUGAAAAUAGCUGACUUCGGCCUGGCAAGAGAUAUCCACCACAUUGAUUACUAUAAGAAGACCACCAAUGGUCGUUUGCCAGUCAAGUGGAUGGCUCCCGAGGCUCUGUUUGACCGGAUAUACACGCACCAAAGCGAUGUCUGGUCAUUCGGGGUGCUGCUUUGGGAGAUCUUCACCCUGGGGGGCUCUCCGUACCCCGGCGUCCCCGUGGAGGAGCUGUUCAAGCUGCUGAAGGAAGGUCACCGUAUGGACAAGCCCUCAACAUGCACUCAAGAGCUGUAUAUGAUGAUGAGGGACUGCUGGAAUGCUGUACCCUCUCAGAGACCCACAUUCAAACAGCUGGUGGAGGAUCUAGAUCGCUGCCUGGCCAUGACGGCCAACCAGGAGUAUCUGGAGCUGUCGGUACCUCUGGACCAGUACUCCCCCAGCUACCCGGACACCCGCAGCUCCACCUGCUCCUCCGGCGAGGACUCGGUCUUCUCCCACGACGCCGGAGCCGAGGAGCCCUGCCUGCCUAAAGAUAUCGCCACCCGCUACUCCCCAACGGGUGCCAGGCCCAUCUUUAAGAACGCAUGA